AGUUACCAUAUUUAAACAAGAGGAAUAACAAGGGAAACGGGAGAAUUAGUAAGGAAAACAGAAGAGAUUUUUGAACAAGUUGAGAGGGUUUCAGGAGACUUAAGUGCAGGAUCCCACACAACAUAAUUUACUGAAAUCUUGAAACUUAAAAAAGGGAUAACUCAAUUUAAGUUUAAAGACGAGAACCUUUCUUAUUUUUUAAAAUUUACCUGUGAUUUCUGAUGAAAAUAUUUAAAUUAGGGAACAGACAGCGAAAUAUAACAAAGGUCUAUAUUUCAAAAUUUUAAUUUAAUCGCCAGCUCAUAAAGGAGAUUUGUAAUUAAGUACCAAUAUGUCAUACUUGCUGUCAUGCUGUCUCUAUGUUUGGCUAAUUCUGUUACCUGUAAGGACAAGUGCACUGAACGAAGAAAUCGAGGUACUGGUCUUCUUGCCAAAAAACAACUCCUACCUAUUCUCAAUUUCAAGAGUUACACCAGCUAUAGAGUAUGCAACGCAAACGAUGAAAUUGAAUGGAUUGCCCUAUUCUGGACUCAAUUUCACUGUCCACUAUGAGAAUUCCGAUUGUGGCAAUGAAGCUCUCUUCAGUCUAGUGGAGAGGUCAUGCAUGAAGAAGCCUGACUUGAUUCUCGGUCCAGUCUGCGAGUACGCCGCGGCGCAGGUGGUCAGGAUGGCAUCGCACUGGAACAUCCCAGUCAUUUCGGCAGGUGCGUUGGCCACCGGCUUUAACCAAAAAGAGAAGGAAUACUCGCAUCUGACCAGAGUUGCUCCUACUUACCUGAAAAUGGCGGAGACAUUUUCUGCGCUGUUCCACGACUUCAGCUGGAAGAGUGCGGUUCUGAUCUACGACGAUGACAGGGAGGAGCGGAACUGUUACUUCACUCUAGAGGGGGUCCACAGCGUUCUCGAUGCCGAGGAUUACCAUGUACAUGUUGUUGUCAUAUACUCUAAAGUGGAUGCCGAUGAGAUCAUCAAGGAGACGUACGACUAUGACGUUGUCAUAAUGUGUGCGGGGGCUGACAUCAUCCGAGACAUCAUGCUGGCUGCAUAUCGGAGGAGACUGACCAACAACUCCAUCUUCUUCAACAUCGAACUGUUCAACUCCUCAUCUUAUGGAAACGGAUCGUGGAAGAGAGGAGACAAAUACGACGCCGAUGCCAAGCACGCCUACGCCGCUCUCAAUGUGGUAACGCUGCUGAGGACCGUCAAGCCGCAGUUCGAGAACUUCUCCAUGGAGGUGAAGAAGUCCAUGCAGAAAGCAGGCAUCAGUGGAGACGGUGCCAAUAUCAAUAUGUUUAUGGAGGGGUUCCAUGAUGCCUUGCAGCUGUAUGCACUGGCCCUUCAUGACGUGAUAAAAAAUGGAUCCAACAAGAAAGACGGAGUACAAAUUACCCAGCGCAUGUGGAACAGAACUUUUGAAGGCAUUGCGGGCCAGGUGUCUAUAGAUGCCAAUGGUGAUAGAAAUGGGGAUUUCUCUGUAAUGACCAUGACAGACCUACAGGCAGGCACCUAUGAGGCUGUUUUUAAUUACUAUGGUAACAACGGGACUUUACAGAAGAUGCCUGUAUUUAACAGGGACCGCUUCACCUUGCAAGUCAGACACCGGAUCCCAAAGUCCGAGGACCCUGAUAAAUCAUCAGGUGGACUAGGGGUAUCUGCUGUAACUGGUAUCAUCGUUGGAGGUCUUCUGGGAACUGCAUUGCUAAUGGCAUUCUACUUUUUCAGAAAGAACUACAGGAUAACCAUCGAGCGGCGAACUCAGCGGGAGGAGUGUGACAUCGGAAAGCACCGUCAGUUGCGGGAGGACUCCAUCAGGUCGAACUUCUCGGCAGCAUAGAGUGCACUGGAGGACCGUCAGCGUUCCCGUUCCAGGGAAGUGUGUCCCGGAAUGUGACCAAAGACUCUGCAAGGCUGUCAAAGGACUCCUUUUAUUUAAAGACAUACUGUAGUGUUGUUGUUUUUAUCUCCAUUUUUUGACUUUCAUAAACUCAGGAAAGUUGUAUCAAUCACACAGUGCCACUUCUAAGGCAUUUCAUCUCUGUAGGAAAGAAGAAACAAAAAACAACAGAAAACAGGAUGUAUUUUAAUCUGUAGAUUUUUUUUUAUUUCUUAAGAGGGCCAGUAUAGAGGUUACAGGCAGCAACGGUUUCCUAAUACAUAAAAUUACACUGUCUGAAAAACUCUCAACAUUCAGAACAUUAAAAAUGAAAAAUUAUAAGUUCAGUAUUCAUGGGAUUUAUGGAAAUAAAUGAAUUAUCCCUUAUUAUUCACCAAAGGUUUUUUUUUUAUCCAGGUGUUU